AAACCUGUUUUUGGUUCCAAAACUUGCUUGAUUUAAUCAUUCAACUUGCAAUUUCAUCAUGAAACAAUUUGCUGGAAGCUUGUACAAGUCAACUGUAGCUAACAUUUGGUGGAUUAAAAGGAGAUUGCUUGAAGACUCACAUUUUGAGGCUAAGUUUGAUCAUGACAGAUGGCUUGGGGAAUCAUUGAUACAUCUAUGUGUUUGCCUAGCUGAAUACCAAGUUGAUUUUUCGUCCUAUUUUAGCUUACCUAUUCAGAUCUCAACGUUUCCAUGGUACAUGUACCUGUUGAUGGGUUCACCAUUUGUCCAGGUCCUUAAGAAUAUAGUGGAUGAAAUUGCUUAUUCCAGAAUGUACCUAAACCGGGAGAAUUUGAAAAAUACAAUUCGUAUGAUUAUGCCUUCACUCAGAUGUUACCCCAUCGAUGGGAAUUCGAGAGCUGUACCUCUUGAUUUAGCUUCCAUUGAUUCCGACGAAACCUUCUAUUUGAACUCAUUUCUUAGUAUUGAUGUUCUUCAUGCAAAAAAUAUGGCUGUGCCGCAAAAUAUGGGAGAGGUAACCUUCUGUUCAAUAUACAAAAUGUCCUACAAAUUUAGAAGUCUAAUUUUAUGA